AUGGCGAAUUGGUCCGCGUUGCCGACGGAGAUCCUCCACUCGAUCUCCUUGCAAAUCAACAAUCCCUUUGAUUUGAUCCACUUUCGGUCAAUAUGUUCCUCUUGGCGAUCCUCUAGUCUCCUUAAAUUCCAACACAUGACAUCACUUAGAUGUCCUCUUCCCUUGGACUCUGGCGGUUGUGGUGAUGAUUGCCAUAUCUUGAGCAGCCGUGUUUACCUUCUCAACUCUCCUAAUCGUGACUGUCCCCGAUAUUGGUUGUUUAAGCUACAAGUCAAAGAGAAUGGAGAAAUUGUUCUACAUAGUUUGUUCUUAAGAAGAAACUCCUCUGAGUAUGGAUGUCUGUACCGAAGUCUUUCACUUGAUUUGCUCAACUGUCAAGUCUUUGAGCUAGCGCAAGAACACGCGGCUUGUUACAGCGAAUGGUCCGAACCAUUCGAAUGCGUUUCGAAAGGUGAAGAACGUAUCGGCUUUAUGGAUUUAGACGCAAAGAAAACAACAGGUUUAUGA